CAAAGAUGCAGUCUCAGCUCUCCCAGAAGGAGGCGGACAUCCAGAUGAUGCUCGCCGCCGGUUGCCACCUCGGCACCAAGAACUGCGACUUCCAGAUGGAGCGCUACGUGUGGAAACGCCGUCAGGAUGGCAUCUACAUCAUCAACCUCGGCAAGACCUGGGACAAGCUCAUGCUCGCCGCGCGCAUCCUCGUCGCGAUCGAGAACCCCUCUGAUGUUGUGGUGCAGUCCUCCCGCCCCUACGGCCAGCGCGCGGUGCUCAAGUACGCCCAGUACACCGGCGCCAAGGCGAUCGCCGGCCGCCACACUCCGGGUACCUACACCAACCAGAUUCAGGAGGGCUUCCACGAGCCCCGCGUGCUCGUGCUCACCGACCCCAGGACCGAUCACCAGCCCAUCUCCGAGACCGCGUACGUGAACCUCCCCACCAUCGCGUUCUGCGACACCGACUCCCCGCUCAAGCUCGUCGACGUCGCCAUCCCCGCCAACAACAAGGCCAAGCACUCCAUCGGCUGCCUCUACUACCUCCUCGCGCGCAUGGUGCUCCAGAUGCGCGGCACCGUCUCCCCGGCCAACCCCUGGGACGUCAUGGUCGACCUCUUCUUCUACCGCGACCCCGAGGAGCUCGAGGACAAGCCCGCCGCGGAGGAGACCGCCGUCGUCGGCGACACCCCCGCGGGCUUCGACGCGUCGGGCUUUGGCGCGCCCGUCGCCGCGGGCGCCGCGGAGCCCUGGGACGAGCAAGCCGGCGCCGCGCCAAUGGGCGGUUUCGGCGGCGCUCCCGCCGCGGGCCAGUGGAACGAGGCUCCCGCCCCCGGCGGCUGGGACGCCGCCGCGGCGCCCGUGGACGCGUCCGGCUUCGGAUCGGGCUUCGACGUCGCUCCCGGCGGCUACUAAGAGGCGAGGGUGUGAUCACGGGUCGAGGGGUAGGGUUUUUCCCUCGACGAUGAUCAAAUGGGUUUUUUCUUAAAGACAGACUUAGAGAACGGCUCGCACCUGGAGACUAAACGGGAAACGGCUCGCGUUCCUGGAGACUAAACGGGAAGAAAAACGAAUGCGCCGAGGGCGGCGCGCGCGACGAGGCAUAGUACAUCUCUUUUGUAACGCGCGCAACCUUUCGCUGCU